UGGGCUUUGAGACACGAUACACUGAGCUGGUGGUCAUUAAUAAGUACAGAAGAACCUACAGUGAAACUCACCAUGAACUUCUAGAAAUUGGGAGGACUCAUGCAGAGAUGGUGGAGGAGCGGGUAAAGGAGAAAUGUGAGCGGAUCUGGACUGAGCAACUCUUUAGAAGGAGUCCUGGAAGUGAGAGUCCCCCUCACAUUGUAGUGGUCAGUGGAGUGGCUGGAAUUGGAAAGACCACUAUGGUCCAGAAGAUCAUGUUUGACUGGUCCAGAGGUGCUCAGUACCAGAGGUUUGCAUUUGUGUUCAUGUUUAAAUUCAGGGAUCUUAACCUCCUAGACAACAAGAAUGAGCCACAGAUGCCUCUGACCAGGCUGAUUGUGAGGCACCAUAAAUAUCUCAAUGACCAGAAACUGAUAAAAAUCCUGAGUAAACCCGAAUCUCUCCUCUUUAUAUUCGAUGGCCUGGAUGAGUACAAACACAAACUGGACUUCACACAAAAACAGGUGUGCUCAAACCCAGAGGAGCUCUUUUCUGUCCAUGUCCUGUUGACCAGUCUGGUCAGUGGGACAUUACUCAAGGGCUGUUCAGUCCUGAUCACAAGCAGACCAACAGCUCUGGAGGUCCUGGACAUGGACAGAGUUGAUCAAUAUGCAGAGAUCUUGGGGUUCUUCCCUUUUCAAAGGUUGAUGUACUUUAAGAAGUUUUUUGAUGAUGCCGAUUUGGGUGCAGAGGUUUUUCGGUAUGUUGAAGAGAAUGCCAUUCUUUACACCAUGUGCUUCAACCCCUCAUACUGCUGGAUUAUCUGUUCUGUGCUGAAAAGCCACUUCAUGACACCUGAAGAAGAGCGUGGAAAUGCCCCAAGAACUGUCACUGAGCUCUUUGUAAUGUUUCUUCACAACAUCCUGACCAACCAUAGGCGAGAAGCUGAGGACUGGCGGGGGAUUCUGGUCAAACUGGGAAAAUUGGCUUAUUAUGGGGUGGACAACAGGAUUCUUGUGUUUUAUGACAAGUCUGAGAUGUCCACCUUUGGCCUCCAGCCAGUCUUGUCCUCUCCAUUCCUAUCUGGGUUCCUUAAAGAAAUACUGCAGAGAGAAAGCAGUUUAGAGCACACGACGUACACAUUCUUCCAUCUCACACUGCAGGAGUUCAUGGCUGCCUUCUCCUUCUUCCUUGAUCCAUCAGAGGGAGUUAAGAAUCUGCUUGUGAAGUUGGACUCUUGUAAAGAUGGCCGGUUUGAGAUCCUUAUUCGAUUUCUAGCCGGACUGACCAAGCCUUCUGUGUUUAAAACACUGGAGAAAAUCCUGGGGGAGUUUGACAGGAAGACAGCAAAGCUGAUCCUGGAGUGGGUGAAGAAAAAAGCUGAACAGGCUCUAAAGGGUGAAGAUAAAAAUGAAGCUCUGCGAGUGUGUCAGUGGCUCUAUGAGACUCAGAAUAAGAAAUUAAUUGGGGAUUCCAUCGGGAAGGAUUUAAAGAUGAACUUUAGCAGAUCAACGUUAUCUCCUCUGGACUGUGCCGUGCUGAGCUCUGUCAUUAGCUGUUGUGGAGAACUUCAAGAACUUAAACUAUCAGAUACAAAUCUUAACACAGAGUGCAUCAAAAGACUUGUGCCAGGUCUCAGCUGUUGUAGGCGUGUUGACUUACGCUUAUGUCAUCUCACCCCAGACUGCUGUUUGGCUCUUGCCUUGGCUCUGUCUGCUGAAGCCUCACAUCUGACUGAGAUGGAGCUGAGAAACAAUAAUCUGGGGAAUUCAGGAGUGAGUCUGCUGUGUGAGGGGCUGAAGAGCAGAAACUGUAAAUUAGAGAAACUGGGGCUAAGGAACUGCAGUCUCACUUCGGGUUACUGCUCAGCUCUCUCCUCAGCUGUCUUUGCUGAUCAUUUACUGCUCACUGAGCUGGAGCUGGGACUCAAUAAGCUGCAGGACUCAGGAGUGCAUCUCUUGUGUAAGGAGCUUAGGAACCACAACUGUAAAUUGAAGAAACUGGAUCUCGACUCGUGUGGCCUCACCUCUGGAUGUUUAGCUGCUCUCUCCUCGGCUCUUUUCACUGAACACUCACAACUGACUGAGCUGUGGCUUGGAGAAAAUAAACUGGAGGAUUCAGGAGUCCAUCUGCUGUGUGAGGGGAUGAAGAGUGCAAACUGUAAAGUAGAGGAACUGAGGCUCUUUCAUUGUGGCCUCACCUCUGGGUGCUGUGCGGCUCUCUCCUCGGCUCUCUCUGCCGAACACUCUCACCUGACGGAGCUGGACCUGAGAUGGAAUAACCUGCAGGAUUCAGGAGUGUGUCAGCUGUGUGAGGGCCUGAGGAGCCGAAACUGUAAAUUACAGAAACUGAGACUCUAUCAAUGUGGCCUCACCUCUGGAUGUUGCUCAGCUCUCUCCUUGGCUUUCUCUGCUGAACACUCACAUUUGACUGAGCUGGACCUGAGCAAAAAUAACCUGGAGGACUCAGGAGUGUGUCUUCUAUGUGAGGGGCUGAAGAACAAAAACUGUAAAUUAGAGAAACUGGGGGUGGAUGGUAAUGGGAUUAGCGAGAAACAGAAGAAGAAGCUGAAGGCACUAGAGGAGAAACUGAACAGAUCAGGAUGGCGGGUGACAAUAUCUACCGCAUAA